AUGAGUUAUCUAUAUUUUGGUACACUCCCUUCUUCAGUGCCACCUGUCUUUGGUAUGACAUUUUGAUUAUCUAGACACAACUCCAUGCUUAAAAUAAAUGCAUGAUUAUGAAGACUGUGCUUUCGAGUAAAUAUUUCUAUUUAUUUCUAAUAGAUCAAAUACUAAAUAAAUGGAAAUCAUUCAUCCAAGUUGGCCUUCAAUGUGGCCAAGAAUGCUAACUGAUGGCAAGUCUAUUGUAAUUAUAUUCCAUUAAUACAUUAGGAUUUUGGACAUACACCUAUGCAUUAAGAUAGUUCAACUCAUNUUUUAAAUAUUGUAAAAUUGAAAAGCAGAUAAAUAGAAUGAAUAAUGGAUAAUUUUGAAAGAAAAAUAAUUAUAUAAUAAUAAUAUUAAUUAAUGGAUAAUUGAGAGGAGAAAGAGGAAUAAUUAGAGAAAGAGGAAUAUAAGUUGAAGAAUAGGAUGAAAAGUAGAGAGAGGACUUAAAUAAAAAUUAAAAAAGGAAUCAGAAAAAAAAGAAAAGAAGAAAAAGUUAAAAGAGUAGAAUUAAGAGAUGAUUUAGUAAUUUGA